UUUCUAUUAAAUUUUCUAUUAAUUCGGUUUCAAAUAUAACAACAAUGUAUAAAUGCCGUCCCACCGGCGAGUGGAUGAGCUAUGAUGCUAAUAUACCGACUCCAAAAACUGUUACACAUGAAAUGCUUGAGGCCGGACGAAAAGCGACAUCAAACAUACGCAUAAUCGCUAGGAAGCAACUCAACUUUCAAUCCUAUCCCAUGAAUGACUUCCGCUUUGAUUUGCUGCACUUUGACAAGCCUAAAGAAUUUCAGAGUGUUUCAACCUACAAACGUGACUAUGUGGAACCAUUACCAUCGAAGUGUAAGCCGAAAAACGUACAUGAUGUAGAAUCGCCGGAUCCACUUUUCAACCGUAGAACUGUGAAUGAUUUUGAAAUGGUGCCUUGGGUGGAUACUAAGUUUAUGGACGAUAAAGUUUUCAAUAUCUCAGAGUCACGAAGAAAGAUCAACUUCUUUAGGCAAUUGCGGAAUCGCAGUUUCCAAUUUUAA